AUGAUGUUAAAGCCUGUGAUCAGUAAUCCCUAUGCGCAUGAAAUGGGAUCCAACGUUGAGCUGAUAUGGCCAGAGUCAGAGGCAUAUUCCUCACGGGUGAACAACUGCUCACAUGCAAAUUCAUCCCUAGCUAGUAGCGGGGCAGGGUGUGAAAGACUUGGAUGGACUGAGUUUCUUAAUAGGGUGCGACGUUGCUCAGUUCACUCGUCAGGAUUUUGUUUGAUCUCAGGGCUUCGUUUUGGGGAAGUGCCUGAAGUUUCCAGUGGAGAAAGUGAUGAAAUUAGACUUCAGAAAAGAUAUUUUAUAGACGAAGGAAUUACAUGUAAUGCUUUAGAAGAAGCAUUUGUGAGGUGCACAGAGGAAGAUGACGUCUACAAGCUAGCUCUUGUUUACUUUGCUGAGUUAGUGGUUUCCAUGGGUUCGGUGUCGUUUGACAAAACCCAAGACAAUCUGUUUUCUGCACCAACAAAGUAUGUGAAAAGCUUUGAAAAUGAAGAGGGAAGAGGGAAGGGGAAAAGUAAGGUAACCGGAACAAGCCGGAGAAAUAAGAAGGGCAAGAAGGAUAACCAUGGUGAAGUGCAAAGGGGUGGCUGGAGUUUUAAAGGUUUCACGUAUGCUUUCCAGAUUUGGGUAUAUGAAUUAAUUCCUAGAAUGGCGGACCUGAAUUACUGCAAGGUUGUUGAUCCGACAGCUCUCCCGCGUAUUUUGCGAUGGAGAACUACUACGUCUGUUCCCGAGAUGAGAAAAAUGAACAAUUAUUUUUUCCAGAGCAAAGAGUCAGUUCAGUUGCGGGCGCUAUGUCCAAGUGAAGAGGAAAUGAGACAACCAUAUUGGAGUUGGCCACAGGGUCGCCCUGCUGUUGUCUCGGCAGAGUCAAUUCCUUCUUCAUGUGCUGACCUUGAUGAGUUGAACAAGGCGGUAAGCUUGUUGAGGUCCGAGUUGUUUCAAGUAAAGCGGGAAAAGGACGUCCUUGAGUUAAAGGUCAUACGAAUGGAAAAAAAUUUGGACCACUGUUUAGGUCCUCAUUUUGAGCAGGAAGUGAGAAGGGACAUAACUUUACUGAAAGAGAGGACGAAUCGUUGUGUCGUGUCACAUCUAUUUAAGGGAUAUGAGGAAGUGGAUGGCAUGCAAUGGGAUGAAGGGCCAAGUAAUAGAAAUGAAGGAGAGGAAAAUGAAGAGGAGGACAUUGAAGGGGGUGAAAGGCCAAAUAACAGAAAUGAGGGAGAGGACAAGGAAGAGGAGGGGAUUGAAAGGGGUGAAGGGGCAAGUAAGACAAAUGAGGGAGAGGAAAAGGAAGAGGAGGGGAUUGAAGGGGGUGAAGUGCCAAGUAAGAGAAAUGAGGGAGAGGAAAAGGAAGAGGAGGGGAUUGAAGGAGGUGAAGUGCAAAGAAAACCAAGGGAGGUAGAGGAAGCUCAAAGGAAAAGAAGUGAGGGAGAGCAAGUGAAAAUAAAAAGCAGCAAAGGAGAGGAAGCGCAAAGAAAGAGCAUUGAGGGAGAGGAAGAACUGCAAAGAAAAAGCAGUGAGGGAGAGGAUCCGCAAAAAAAGAAGAAGAAAGGGCAAGGAAGUGAAAAGACAGAGAAGUGA